CAGAGCAGCGUAGUUUCGACGGGACGGUAGACGGUCAAAUAUAUAGGACAUAUUUCAGGCUAAACAUCUUUAAAGGAAUAUGUAUUUUGCCGCUCAGUAAGAGUGUAUUCCUUGUAUUGUUCUGUAUUUCCGGCUCUGUGUUUAUAUAAAGUUAUCCAACUUGUGUUGGUGUGUUUUUGAUUGAUUAGUUGGUGUAUUAUCAGCACAUUAAUGGCUUUGAUAGCGACCGAUCAGGGCUGCAAACUCAACGGGACGUCGGCGAUUUACGGCCGAGUUGGACCGAGAAAAGAAGUGUUUCAAGGUAAGACGGAGGGCUUUAAAGUUAAAAUGCAUCCAAAAGAGACGGACUAUUCAACAGAUGGCCUGCCCAAAGCCUUCCUGCUCAGCCUGAGGACCCUUUUUGACAUUUUGGAUGAUGGUGGACGGGGCUAUGUCCACAUUUCGGAGAUUGAGACCCGCUGGCAGGGGGCAGACACCCGGGACCUGCCCGGCGGGGUGCUGGGCUGCCUCAGGAGGGUCACCCCACCGCAUGGCUGCCUCACCUUUGAGCGGUUCGUUGCGGGGCUGCGGUACUCUAUGCUCAACCCGGAGCACAGCGCCCACUUCAAGGCCCAGGCUGCCGCGCAUCCACAGCAGGCACCAAAGCAGCCCCUAAAACCUGCCCCGCUGUCCACAUGCAGUGUUGGGACACGGGUUGAGAACAAGGUCCGUCCGCUGGGGCCAAGCAACGUGACCAACACCCAGCAGCACCGGUCGACCUCCCUGCAAUGCCGGACCAGGCUUGAGGACGGGCCCGGGUACCCGGCGUGUGGACCGGUUCGGUACAGCGCGGGCUAUGAGAGGUCCGGGCGGAGUUUGGAGCAGAAUUCUGUGGCUCCGGGGGGCGGGUGUUACCGGGCCGACCCGAGCCAUGCCACCAAACCCACACAGCCCCAGCAGAGCCUGAUCAGAUCCAUUGAGUCUCUCGCUCUUGAGUCACCGCAGCUCCAAGGAUCAAGUGUUGCGAAAUCAGGUUUACCAAGAUCUCAGAGUGAAUCAGCAACAGGAUUUACUGGCAGCUCCAGGCGACACGGGCGAGGUCGGGAUGAGCAGAGGCGGCAUACCAUAUCCAACGGAGUGGAUUACGGAAUGUUGAAGCAAAUGAAAGAGCUGGAGCAGGAGAAGGACUCCCUGCUGGCCGGCCUGGAGGUGGUGGAGCGGGCCCGCGACUGGUACCAGGGCCAAAUCCACAAUGUCACAGAGAGACAGCGGCAGGUCGGCCAGAACUCCCACUGCACGGAUUUCUUCACAGAAGCCAAUCAGAGUCGCAUGAACGUCCUAAUACCCAAAUUGCAAGAAGUCAACCGCUGCCUCAAUGACCUUAUUUCCUGCUCUGGCAUGCAGUCAUUUCCUUCCAGCGCUGCUCAGACAGCAGCUAACCCUCAGCCUCCGGGUCCAGCUCCUCCACAAGCCAUCCAGAGACUGAAGGACCAGAACCGACUUCUCACACAGGAGGUGACGGAGAGGAGCGAGCGGAUCGCCCAGCUGGAGCAGGAGAAGUCGGCUUUGAUAAAACAGCUUUUUGAGGCUCGCGCCCGCAGUGCGCAGGACACCAGCACCAUGGACUCCACCUUCAUCUGAAAAGAAUGACACUCCACCCAACACCGUAGCAUGUUUAGCACCGCAUUACAGCUAGAAAUCAUCAUGACGCUGGUCUGGAGCAAACUUUUACAAGACUGUAAACUGACUGUUGUUCACACACACUAUUAGCAGUGAUGCACCUUUUAGCCGUGACGCGCAAACACCCUCGACUGCAGCAUGCGACCACUCCACCCCAAACCAAAACAUGCACUACCUAGAUGUGAAUACUCCGAGGAAAACCUGACCCGAACGACUUGACCCGAGAGUCUUUUACUUUCUGCCUUUUUUUGUUUCCUGCAUAAACACUCCGACUAAGCUGAAAAGACUGGAACACAAUCCAGUCGGGUCUCACGAGAUCCCAUCACCCACAUUUCUCGCAGGAUUACAUCAUCUGCAAGAGCUCCACUCCUACUCUCAAAAGACUUUGUUUUGUUUAUUUUCUUCUGCUGCACAGGCAACAUGAACUUUAACUUAUAAGGGGGGUCGGGGGGUGGUUUCUGUCGGAAUAAAAUGCCAUAUUCUUACAGUUUAAUAUGAAAAUCACCAGCUGCAUGUGCUUGCUGUGACCUAUCAAUUACAUUGUGGUACUUUGAUCUAAAUGAUAAUGAGAUACACUGUCUUUCAGUAUUUCUGAAGUUAAGUUUACCUGACAUUGGCUUUCUAGGUUUUUUUUAAGCGUGUUUUAUUUCAAACACUGAGAGACAGGGAUUACUGAAAAGAAACAUUUUUAUAUUACGGUAGGAUGUUUCAUUUUAAGAUUUUUUUUUUUUUAAGAUUGAAAAAAAAAAAAAACGAGACGCUGGGACAGCCUACAAUCCUUCGAGAUGUAGAGGCAGAGACGGACGAGAGAAGUUUGGAAGUUUGCACGUAGGUGAGAGCUGAGGAGGACAAACAUGGCAGACGGUGAAUGUGUCGGAGCCCGAGCUCCUUGGUUGGGAGAUCUUCUGAUGUCACGUCAGAAACUAAAGAAAAUCACUUUGGCUAUCUAGUGCUAUCCCACGUAUGGGUCAUAUGUUCAGCUAAAAAAUAUUUAUCUCCUAAAAAGUUUAAAACCUUGAGAUUAGCACAGAUUUUGUUUACACAGUUUUGUCCUCGUGAGCGUCCCUCUUUACCAGGAUCGGUUGUCUUUAGACUAAAAACAUUCAGCCAUCCACAAAGUUUACAAGAGAAAUAUUUAGUUAGUGGGUGGCGGUAGAAUAAAAAACAUUGUAGUUAUAUAAUGGAUCUGUAUGGUACUGCGGAGAUGUCUGCACAUAACAUGUUGAUGUCUGUUUCCCAAUUGUUUGAUUGUAUGUUUCUUGCUGCUCAAACUACAUUAUGUGUGAGUGAAACUCUUUUUCUUCAGCUUUCUAUCGAAACUUCAGAUGAAAUGUAAAAUAAUAAAUACGACCAAACAAUGCUGA